AUGCACUCGUUUUCAGCCAAUCAGACGCGCGUGGUUUUCCAUGUAUACAUUAGACGGUAUGACAUUACACGGUAUAACUUUACAUGAACUGAAUGCCAUUCUGUUCAGGUUUCAUCAGUCGGGUCACACUGACAUGAGUUAGCAGAAUACUGCAAAUUAAAUAACUGUUGCAUUUUCUGUACUUCACGAAAACUAGAAGGAAGUUCAUUUAUGGAUCUGCUAGCAUGCUGCACGUCUUAAUCAGUAGUUGUGGGGAGCUACUGGUUUAACAGAUAUUAGCAAAGUUAUAAACUUUGCGCUAACAUGAGUUAAAAACUGAUUUCUUCUUUAAAUAGGGAUCUGAUUUAAUCAUUUAUAAUGAGUGGCUAUCUUGUUUUAAUGGGUAAGCUUCCAAUUUCAUUCGCUGCCUAUGAAAGUGACGUCUCCUCCUAUAACUGGAAAGCCAUAUUUACUUACCACAUAAUAUGUGACCAAUAUUUCUACCUCCAGGUUCCUCUUUCUCUCUCUACCUUUAAACUCUGAUCCUCAUUUGUCUCCGAUUCACCUUUGUAUGCUUUAAGGUUUUCAGUCCUUGUCAAUGCAAAGAGAGUAUUCAAUAUUGUACCCUAACGUAUCUCUUUCUAUAUUUCUUCACACUUCCUUCAAACUAUAUUCACAUUUGUUUCCGAUUCACCUUUGUAUGCUUUUCAGGUCUUCAGCCUCUGUAAAGAAAAGUGAAUAGCUCUUUUGUUUGUCUUUGGGAAAAAUAAAGAGGAGAUUCCUGGUUCAGGCCCGAGUAGGAUACGUUUUCUCAAAAUAAAACCCGUGCUCAGAGACCUCCUUGUGAAGGCUUAUCCCGGCUAUCUGGUGUUCUGAGUGAUAACUAGAUUGAGGCAGAUAGCAUGCAAAUCAGAAUUGUUGUGGAAAACAUCAACGAAAAAGAAGAAAAUUGUAUCUCUUGAGCAGAAAUUUACAUUAGUAUACUAAACGAACAUUCGGUAAACAGACUUCCGUUUCUGACUAAACCAAAAAAUGUCUUCGGUAGAUCCCAGCUAACUUCUAGGCCGCCCAUCUCUGUCAUCUCACUCUAAUAUGCUCCAUUUCAGACUACCUUCGCUGCACACACAUCAACAUAGCAGCAACAAGCAAUGGUGGGCAGUGUACUGAAGCCUCACACGAUCAGGGUACAUGUGGACUGGUAAUAGACGGAGGCACAGCAAACGGUUGGGCCAGUAAUGGGGGAAUAGGACAGUGGAUCAAAAUCCAGUUCGUUCGAGCUUAUCUACUGAACACCAUUCGUGUGAUGCAAAGAGUUGAACUCACUGAUCUUGCUAAAAGUCUACGACUUGAGUUUUCUGACAGUUCUGAGGCAUACGUGAGUAGAUCAGGAGAAGAUUAUUUUAUUUUUUUCAUUAGAUCUUGGAGGAACAACGUAUAAGUCUAUUCAUCAGAGGAUGGGUGAACGAAUCUCUGGAUUUUUUCCAUCUUUUUCUUCCGAGCAUAGCAUCUUAAAGAUGUUGAAGCAUAAUAGUUUGCGAAGAAAGAACGCUAGAAUUGUAUUGCUAGGCUGCUAUUAUCGUUCGUUUCGCGAUGAAAAGCUUUUCCUUUGGAAAUAACAAAUCUUCAAUCCAUCUUUUCUGCACAGAUUUAUUUUGCUUGUUGGUCGUAUCCUCGUAGUCGUCCUAAUUACAUCAGAAGGUUCUGGAACGUUGGGGGACAAUCCAUGCGAUUCAAUAAUUUCCACUUAGGCAAAAAAUGUCAUUUCAUUUUACUCUUAUAAAGUUCUUUAAUACUUUAUUUUUAGCUUAAAAUUGUAUGCAAGUGCCUACCCGUGAAUAAACAAUUCAAGAUAAUUUGGUUUUAUCAAUUUGGUUGAUGAUGUAAACUGGUCGCGGUAGAGUCUCUGACGUUUCGAGCAUUGGCCCUUUGUCAGAGCAUAAUACUCCCACUGACGCCGGCAGCACCACAAUUUCUUUCGAAACUUACCCCCUAUAUUGAAUUCAAGUCUAUUUGCUAUGACGUUCUUUGAUACGUUUAACUCAGUUGAGAUGGAUUUCCUAAAAGUAACAAAGAAAAAAAAUAAGAACGCGAUAUCUUGCAAUUAUGCAGUUGUAAUUUUUCAAUUGCUAGGACGACUACAAUAUCACCAAGAAAGAUUGCUUCAUUCCACAAGCUAUGAAUUAUUCUUCUCUUGCAUGAUUUUGGCGAUAAACGUCGUUGAUGCAGCUGUCAAUUGUAAUUAACUGUAAAAACAACGAUCAGUAUGAUGUCGUGAUUAAGUCUAAGUUAAUUUUAAAAAACAAAAAUGCCCAAAAUGUACUGUGAAAAGAAAGCCAGGGUGCUAACGAAUAGUAGUUUUCAUGAAAUAGUAGAGUUUUUGUGUUUUGACUUACAAUCCUUUCACCGUGUGUCAUCUGUCCAAGGUUGACCUCACCAAAACGGAUGGUUCGACACCAAUCUGGGACGUACGAACGUUUGCUGAUGUCAGCACUUCUUUCGUGAAGGUCGUAGUGGAUACAGUGUAUGCGGCAGGAAAAAUAGGGUUUAGAGAGGUGGAGUUUUAUCACGAUAACUGCCUCAGAGGUUUGUUUCUUGUCUUCAAGUUAAUUUCAGUGGUUUUAACUUUUUUUAACUGAGAGCUAUUCGUAAGACUGUAAGUGCCUAAGUUAGCUAUUUCUCUGAAGGAACAAUAAGAGAGGCCAUGCACUUUGCAAUUCAUGAACCCCGACUACCGACAUCAAUAUUGGCGGACGCUAAUUUUCAAUGUGUUCAAAAACCUCGCCACCACGAGUCUCGAUAUUGGAAAAGAAAACGGAAUUGACUGCCCCGUGGUGUAACUAUCACUGUAGCCUUUGUCCUUGCGUUUGUCAUUACAAUUGGUAUCGCCAAUGUCAUUCCAAUUACCGUUUCUGUUACAAUUGCCAUUAACACUACCAUUACAAUUACCAUUACUUUUACAGUUAUCAUAACUAUUUUUGUUAGAGUUGUCAUCGCUACUAUUUUUACGUUGUUUUUCAGAUAAGCUUUGCAGCAGAGUGACACUUCCGGCAGGAAAGAAAUCCGAGAUACAUCCCCUGUUCGGGAAAACCAUCUCGGUUUUGGUUCUGACUAGUCAAGAAGUCAGCAUAACUCUACAUGAAAAGCCACAAACAGACUCUACUAGAUACCGUUUUAAUAUUGGUGGUAAUUCCAAAUCAACCAUUUAUCUCGCGACGGAAGGUGGAUCAGAAGUGUCGAAGGAUUCCGCAGAUAUAUCAAGUUAUCCUUUCCACGCGAGCCAAUGGCGAACGUUCUGGAUUGACUUCCGUUCGAGCAAACUUGUUCUGGGGUCUGGAAGUGAAGUUAUUCUUCAGUGGAAUAACCCUAAUCCUUUUUCCAUUAGCUACGUGUCGUUCACUGCUGAUGGCUCAUCGGAAACACGGAUUAUUCUUUGCAACAAAGAGAGUAAGUCUGGACAUAUCAUGUUUUAUAAAAUUUCAUGCUAAUGGUGUGAGAACUCGGAAAAAGUGAAAGAUUAGUUUACUUAGUGAAUGACACAGAACCACUCGGAGAAAAAGGCUAAACCGUUUAACUAGGUCCAUGGUGACAAACUUCCUGCAUACUGCGAGAAUAGGAAUGAUGAUAUCCGAUGCUUUUGCCCAACGAUGAUGUAAAGGAAGAUGGUAAAUCUGAAUCCUGCAUACUUAAGUGAAAGAUGAUGUUAUUCAUUGAAUAACACAAGCAAAUUCGGAGAAAAAAGUUGCAAUUUUGAACAAUAAUUGAUGAAGCGAGUCGUUCAAAGCCACCGUCCUCUUGUAAUCCAUUUGAUCUAAUAAGGUAUAACGCAAAAUUAUUGGAACGAUUGAGAUGGAAGUGAGAUAAAACUGAUUAACUUGAAUGUUUGAUAGCUAACGCUUUUGAACGUAGGGUUUCCUCUCGCUAAUUUGAAGAAUGAAUCAGUCGCCGCAGCAGACGACUUAUCUUUUAUUCCCUUUUUAGUCAAAUGUUACAAAGGUGCUGAUCAUUUCUGGCCGCUGGAUAAAGUUGUAGCUGGUACUGUGUUUGAUUUGAUUGGCUCAAAGCACGGGAAAGCUGACAAAUCAUCCUUGGGAAGUGGUCCUGGGUACCAAGGAAUGGCCAGCUUAGGCGUGGUACUUAAAAGUACGGAAAAUAAAACCAUCGACUUUGGCGACUUUUCUGAUUGUGUCAGUGACGCGGCAGUAUGUAAUACAGGAAUCGCCAUUGGUUUCUGGGUGAUGGUGGUUAGUAGCAGCGAUAUCUUUCACACUGCCGAGACAUCAUCUGAUCGAGGGCUAUUAAUUUCCUACGACAAAGACUCUUCCAAACUGACUUUUCGAUUUUACUCAAAUGAUGUGUCAGGCAUGGUUGAACACAGAAUAGCUACCCUAGUUUGGUACCAUGUAUUUGUAAGCUGGAAGAAAGGCGAGUCACCAUUUCUCGUCGUGAACGGUGCGUACGAUCUUUGGGGCUCCUAUUCGUCCGUAUCAAGACUCCAGGAGACGUACACACAUCUUCUUGCGGGAAAACGUCCCGCGGGCGGGGAAUCUGACGGCGGUCUUAGCCAGGUUGUCAUAUAUAAAAGACCUUUGAGCAAGCAAGAAAUGUUGACAAAGUUUCACUGCGUUGGAUUGUCUCCCGGUAGGUUUUCUUGAUUUCAAUCUGUCUAGCUUCCGAUGUUUCUGCAUUUCUCACGUUUCAGUGAGUGCUAUUGUUGAGAAUUGUGUCUCAUCAACACGGAAUUCGCCGCUUUUAUUUUCAUUCUUCCAUAUCAGGGUUGAAUCUGAAUUGUUAAAGGACGUUACAUGUAAAUAUACCACACCUUGCAUUCAAAUGGAUUGAUAUCCCACCUGGUAAACUGGUUUUAAGCCUCGUUUAUUUCCGUAAAAUUCAGCUCAUCCGACUUACUGAUUUUCUAGCUCCUUUGUUUCACACAAUUUAGGAUGUUGCUGCCUGAGUAUCGAAAAUCUCUUGCCAUAAGAAAUUUCUCCUCGAUUCAUUCCGUAGGUCUCAGCUACGUUGAGUAAUUUAUCUUGAUUUCUAUCCUUCGUAAUGGCGAUGUUCUUAAUUAAUAUCUGGUCCGCUCCACUAAACUCGUUCCUUUACCAUCGCCUCCACUCCCCCACCUCCCCACCUUUACUGGGAGCUUCUAUGUAUUAGUUCGGUAUUGAUUUCUGCAAAACAUGAAAUACCCGUGGUUAAAGCUGUCGAUGUGAAAUUUCUUGUAAAAGUCACCCAAGCCAUUCGCAUCUUUACCUAUUUUGAUACAAAUUAUCAAAGCAUUUUGUGUAUUUUUUUUUUGUCAGAGUAUCCACCUUGUGCUAGUAUUGAGACAUCUGAUCGUAUUAGCUGCGGUUGGAGUGGUAUUACAAAGUCUUUGUGUAUCUCAUUGGGUUGCUGUUACGAUUCUGGUGCCAGCACUUGCUUUCAACAGGACGGACUCAGUGGAAAUUGUAAGUAUAUGUCGUCGACAGAAAUUUUCAGCGAUCCAGUACAAGCACAAGGUAUAACUGUUAGGCCCAGUUCAAACGCUGAACUUCACGAGAUGAACUAAAUUGCAAUAAACAUUUUGGUCGACCCAAACGAAUCAAAUUCGACCGAUAGGUCAAACAUGGAACAUAAUUCGUCGAAUCAAAUUAAGAGCAGGAAAAACGAAUCUUUAAAUCACGCGAUUUCACACGUUCUAUUCAUCUGAAGAAGAUGGACAGAGUGUGCUGGUCCAUCGAAAUUCAGUAGGUCGAACUCGACCAAUUCAAACAUCCAACUUAACAUGAACUUAGUUCUGUCAGUUUAGGUUCGACCAUUGAACUGGGCCAUAAUUUCUUGACCACCGGCUUGGUUAUAGAUAUCAUUCAGAUGUUUCAUCAAAUCAUUUGCUAAGAAAGGACCACAUGUAAAUUUUACCACUAAUUCUUGUUUACACAUAUGUUUUAUUGUUUUCUUUAGCCAAGCUUGGCGUUGGUACGGGGGCAUCAGGGCCGAUGUCAGCUUCAUCAAGUGUAACUGGGCAUUCCUCAUCCGAAGGUCGUCUGAUAUGGCGAUCUGAAUUAGGUUUGAUUCAUGUUUUCCCAACUACCUCCCGCUAUUUUCAUCUCUUUGUGGGUUUAAUCUACGAAAUAAACAUCGAUUACUACAUAUAUUUAAGAGAAAAUCUGAUCGGAGACUUUAGAAAACUUUAGAUUUUGAGAUGAGUACGGUUGCAACUUCGAGAUCCACCAAUAAUGAAACAAUGGGAUUGCGUAAAAAUGUUGCAGCCCUCACGUUUUUGCGAAAAGUGACAGUAAGAAAAUUGAGAUCUCAACACAUUAAAAAAGUUAUAGUUAGUUUUUUUAGUCAGAAAAGGGUUCAGUUGCUCCCUAAAACAAUAGCUUUCAAAUCAUGUUGGUUGUACACAGCACAGUGCAACUUGGCGAGGUAUAUGUUUAGUAUUUUGCUGAAAAACGGUAUUCAAAUCUCAUAUCAUCCGCAGGGUGAAUUAUUUCAAGGAACUUUAUGGUCACUAAAACCAGCCUCUUCAAAUACAAACUUUAGAAAGCGGAACGAAACUUCUACGACAGCCUGCCGACACAGAAAUUGGUAGCAAUUGUACAGUUUUUCCAAGUGUUUCUUACGCAGACAAAUUUAUGUCGUUCUUUCCCAAUUUUAACUAGCUAUUAAACGAAGUGGUGGCAGAAGGUUCUGAGCUCUAAAAACGCUUUUAUUCAAAAUUAUCACUUUAAUUCUUUUGUUUGUAGACGGCUCAUGGAAUGACCGGGCGUGGAAGCCAAAAAUUAUCACGGGCGAACAGUGGCUUCAAGUGGACUUGAACCAAGUCAAAGCGGUCUCUGCGGUAGGCACGCAAGGCGUGUUAACAAAUGGCGGCAGCUCUUACUGCCAGACGUACACUCUUUCCCACAGUAAAGGUGGCGCUAUUUGGCAAACGUACAAAGAUGGCAGUUCGAAAAAGGCAAGUAACAUGGGUCUAAUAUUUGAAUUUAACAACAAUAUCCUACCUUCCUUGUUUUGAUCAAUUAAUGUUUCUCUUUUUAUUCUCAAACAGAUAUUUACAGGGAAUACAAAUGCAACAGAUAUUGUCAAAAAUACAAUAAACCCGCCUCUCAAUGCCAGAUUUAUCCGUUUUUACUGCAAGUCUUGGUACAGCGAGCCGGCACUGAAAGUAGAAGUAUAUGGAAAUACAACAGGUUUGAAAGCUAUAAACGUAGAACUUGUGAACAUCACUGAAUUUUUGUAUUCCAACCCGAAAGAAAGCUUGAACUUUAAAAUAAAGCGAUAGGCAAACAUUUCCUCAACAGAAAAGGGUGUGAAAUUGAACAAAGUAAGAAAAUUAUGCCGUUGAAAUUCUUUGCUAAGUACCUUCCAAAGGAGAAGGUAAUUGGUGACAAAACUGUGUUUGCCACAAGAGGUACUUUGAAAUGGAGUGAAAAUGUGUCAAAUAAAAUUAAUUAUACGCCAAUACAAUUUGCAAUGUCAAAUCCAGGAAACCCACUGCAAUUUUUUUUUUGAGGGUGUAGAGGAUGAGAUUGUUUCGCAUGCGCGAAAAUUGUGUCUUACAAACGCUUCAUCCCUUAUUUUGUCAUUUAAUCAAGAUUACCACGAUUUGAAUUUUCAUAACAUUUCCAAAUCGUUUAUUGUUUCCUUGGAACACAGCGUCAAAUUACGUUGGGUGUCUUACGAAAGGUACAUUUGAAGCUUGUGGAGACUAUGCAUCGAACGCCUUAACAGCUGAAAUCUGUACCACUUGCUGUGGGCUCGCAGGGUACCAGUUCUCCGCGUUAAGGAACGGCGAGCAGUGCUGGUGCUCAAAUGCACUGGAUAUGAGUAGCAUUGUGGGGGAACCACAAUGCAACGAGCCGUGCUCGGGAAACAUCGUGUUACGUUGUGGAGGGCGGGAGUCUUACAGUGUUUACCAAGCUUUGGGGAAUUACAAUUUUUCGUUCGAGGUGACGGUGCCGGAAAGCACAUUCGUAUAUGAAAGGAUUACCGCUACAUAUUCCAGUUAUCCAGGCGCUUCCUACACGCUGGAUUUUGGCGAAGAUGUUGUUUUUACAACGGAGAACACUUCCGUGUCUUAUAUUUACCACACAGAUGGCCGACAUAGUGGUUAUGGGCGUGUCCUACUGGGGGAAUAUGGAGAAGCUCAAACGAAGUUCACCUCAUGGGCCGUAAGUCACCUUGACGUAAUCUAUUAAUUUGAACCAAGGCAAUUUAGAGGCAAUUUAUCCGAUCCAAAAUCAUAUAAUCUGAGACUUAAACUUUGCAAGCAAGCCAUUUUCAUUAACCUUUUCUUUCUGCAUAUCGUGUCUACUUUUCUCUCCUCUCUACUUUUCUGAUGCAGGUUUGUAAAGGGUGUAAAGCUCUCUAUUGAUCUCCCAAUUUAGAUGAAACUUCUUAUCGAAAGAUUUUCAUAUUUCAAACUUGGCCAAUAAUUGAUUUAAUGUGAUCCUUUACAGGUGAAUGUUCAAUCUCGUGCGGCUUAUUUUGAACUCAACUGUCCACCAGCCGUUGAGGCUAAUGAAGAGUUUCACUGUCCCGUUAAAGUGUACCAAGGAUCCAGCAUGCAUCUCGAUAUCCAAUUCACCGGUGGCAGCUCAUAUUCAACACCUUUGGACGGUAAUAUUACAGUGUCGAGGGGGACUUUAAUGUUGCAGGCAACAUGAAAGUAACCACUGCAUGAAACAGUCAUGUUACUGCAUCAAAACUUGUACCAUUGCAAAACACCCAAGUUUUGGUUUCCAAGCAAUGGUGAUAGUUGCACUUAUAUCAGAUUAUUUAGUGUUAAAGCUCGAUAGAGAUCACUGGGAGUAGCAACAUUAACCUCUCCUAGCUAUAUUUAUGUCAUAACAAUUUAAUGAAGCAGACCAAGCUGUCGGAGGAGACAAAAUUUUAAUAAACGUGCUAUUUUUUGUAGAUGCUUUGUCUAGACUUGUGGGAGAGAAUUUCCAAAUCGAAGCCGGUAGUGCUCUGAGCCAGUCCUCAAAUAAAACAAUACUGAUCCCUAGCUACAGGUUUGAAGAAGAUGGCAAGUUGAUGGGAUGGAGAAUUUGUUCGCAAACCAGCGGCUUCGUUUCCCUACAGGUAGAGGAUACAGUAGCUGUCUUUCUCCAUAUAACAAAGAUUCGUUUUUUAUGAUUUGUACGGCUUUGCGACGUUACUUGGUGGAGCAUAACGGUUCAAGUUUCUGUAAAAUGAAGUGACUCGAAUUUUGUGUAUUCCCCUCUUCAUGGAAUACCACCUAAUAGAACAAAAGCUUCCUACAUUUUGUCAGAUUUUCGUGACAAUUCAUCGGGGCUCAUUUAUGCUCCUGGGAGGUGUGAGGCACUUUGCGUGUCUUGCUUAAGAACACAUCACAAUAACCUGGCCAGUGCUCUCACCUGAAGUUUGAGUCUGAUUGCUUGAGAAGAAAAGAGGAAGUUUUCUGGACCAAUCACAAAGCAAGGUUGAGCAAAACCAAAACAAUCCCGCAUUACUCUCGACACUAAAUAAAAAAUUAGUUUUGUAAGGUAAACUUCUGUUAAGUAAUAUAGCAAAGCUACGCAUAUUUUAUUAGAGAUAAAAAAAGGGCUGCACUUUUUAAGUGGAUUGAUGAAAAUGCCAUAUAAUGAUUAUUGACAAAAAUGUUUACGUCCGUAUUUUUUCAGUUCUUUUUUAUUGCCAUUAUGUCAUUAUAUGUUUUGUUUAGUUCAUGCUCGAAGAAAAUGUGAUAAUGCUUGACUUGCUGUUCAUGAUAGUAGAAUUGUGUACUUGAUUAUGGGGCUUCACUCUAUUCUAACAGUGACAUCGAUUUGGUAUUAAAAUUUCCGUGAUACAAAGCAUCAGCAUGGCUGAUAUUCUUUUUCUUUCUCCUCUCUCUCAGGUUUUCCGACCAGUCUGCGGUAAAGGGACACACGAUAGGUACUGUUACUCCAACGGUAACUGUGCUAUUAACAUAACACCUUGUGGUAAUCUUCAUGCCUCUACGUGCACCAGCAGCCAGGUAUUUUCAACUGCAACAGGCACGUGCACUGAUGACAACAUUACCCCCCAAUACAUGCCGAGCGCAGCUCUGGGCGAGAAGUACGAGCUGGUUAUCGAAAGCCACGUCUUCCUCUCCAAGCCUGGAUGUCAUAUUUUCCAGUUCGAUGACGUCAAGAACUGCACGGAUGUUAAAGAGGGUGAUAUCCUGGGGUUUACUUAUUAUGGACGAGGAUUUGCAGAGAUAACAUCCCGGAAUUCUGGAAAAAGUCAGAAGAUGAACGCUACGGCAUUUAGUUUCGACGAGUUACAGCCUGGCCUUGGUUCGAUCAUCACCACAGCUUCAAGCUCUCCGAGCGAAUCACAAAUACAAUAUGCCAUUGCAGCAAUUCAGCAACUUCCUUCGCUGUUUUGGUUUACUCAUAACUACUCCAUCGGUCGUUAUGAAGAGGAAGCUACAGUCCGUGGUCCACACAAUACCUUAAAAGAUACAACAACAAUCGUUGCUACUGAAGGAGUGGCCAAUGUAACUUGGACAACGCCCAAAUUUGUAGCCACGAAUGCCACAUAUACUAUCACAAUACAUCCUCACAAAGGUUAUAAUGUCACUUAUGUUGUGGACUUUGGCGCCGGGAAGAGCAACACCAUGCAGAAAACUCGUCUUGAUAACGAUCUACCGUCCAGCUAUGUAUAUAAUUCGAGCGGUUCUUACAACAUUUCUCUGUACGCUAUCAAUAUGAUAUCGUUUCAGAUAAAGGCCUGUUAUGUGACUGUACAAGAUAUUGUCCUAGGUCUAUCAUUUUACGAACCUAUCCGUCCUGUACCUUUGGGAAAUGACACAAAAGUUACCUGGAUGCUGCGACAAGGAAACGGAGUCAACAUUUCAAUUGACUUCGGCGAUGGAGAUUUCUUCCAUAACGGCUCCUUUGAUAUCACCUACCUCUUUGCCGCCAUGAAUAGUCACAAGUAUGCUGCAAUAGGAGAAUAUACCGUGGCAAUCAACGUGUCGAACUGCGUUUCCAACGCGUCUAUUGAAGAGGUGGCUAUUGUGGAAUUGCCGCUGAAUGGCGUGACAUGUAACGUCAUCCAUGCAAACAGGGACAUCGAAGUGAAUGAAACCGUGACCGUUGAAAUAACAGUUCAACAAGGAACCAAUCCUGAGUUUUACAUUGACUUUGGAGACGGUUCGAUUACCACAACCCGAGAACUAAGUGUUCAGCAUUUGUAUUCAUACUACGCCUUUUUCAACGUUAGUAUUUCAGCUUAUAAUAACGUGAGCAGAGAGAACGCAUCCCAGGAGAUUCAAGUUCACAAGCCAGUUAAGCCACUGAUCGGGUUCAACGUCACGUGCCUUCACACUAAUUUUACAGAUAACACGCCCUGUAUGCUGAACAUCACAGAAGGAACAGACUUCAAGUGCACUUGGAAUUGGGCGGACGGUAAAUCCAGUGAAACUCACUUCGUAGAUCUUGGAAAUUUCACAUAUCACAAUUAUAGUGCUGUGGGGCAUUAUAACAUUGCUUUGAAUUGCACCAACCGCUUGUACAACACAACUGCAGAAGCCACAGCCAUCGUCGAGAUUCCGAUUCUCGGCUUUAAUGUUGAUGACCCUGUUGCCAAACCGUUUCAAGUGGAUUUCACGGUGACCUGGAGUACUGUUUCAGGUACCGACGCCAUAUUUAAUGUAACAUUUACGCACGUGAUCGAUGGGGUUUCCUUUAAUGUGACAGACGUCACUACGUCAAAGGGCACGACAUCCGGAUCAGCUGUCAUAACUUCAGACAUGAUGCCCUUACUCGGCAUUUACGAACUCAUGGUGACAGCCAUCAAUUAUGUCACUCCACGUCAAACCAUUUAUCAAAGCGUCAUGAUCGAUAUUCCAAUAUCUACUCCAGUUCUCACGCGUGCCAGUAAGUUUGUGGAGGUGCACAUAGCGACAAACUUCUCGCUUAGUUUAAAAACUGGAUCUAACGUAAGCCUGUGGUGGAAUUUCACUGAUGGUUCACCGGUUAUACAACAAAACUACCUUGGACCCUUUCCUGUCGACGGCAUAACUAUUGAGCAUACGUUUCACGAUGAGGGCGAAUAUAUAAUUCAACUUUUUGGUAACAACAGCGUCAGUAACUUUACUAGUGUUAUCCCUGUUUUCAUACAAAAUCCCCCUAAUUUAACACUUACGACGAACAGCCCACAGGCGAUUCCAUCGGGGACGAUCACUUUUACGAUUUCGGUCGUGCCGGGAGAAGAGCCCCCAACUGAUGCAAACUACACGGUGUAUUAUGGCGACGGAAGCAUGUCCGCGGAUCAGCCUUUUUCCGCUCCUCUCGUACUACAGCACAGCUAUCAAAACCACGGCGCCUACGUCAUGAAUAUUACCAUUGUCAAUCAAGUGCAGUUCGCCUUCUUGGAGACUGAAGUCGAAGUUCAAACACCAAUAGCAGGUUUAAAAACCUUUCUCGCUCAUACAGGACCCAAGGAGGAAGAAGGCAAGCCAGGGAAAGGUCCGGGGAAUACAUACUUUCCAAAUGAUUUUCCAGUCAUGUUUAGCACCUUUAUUAGAAAUGGGACAAAUGUGUCUUACUUCUGGGACUUCGAUGAUGGAGAAAGUGUAACUACGAUGAACAUUUCCUUGAAUCAUACUUUUAAACACCCUGGAACGUACGAAGUCAAGCUUAUUGCCGAAAAUGCUAUUAGUCGUAACAUUACAAUUAGAGUCGUCAACAUGCAGCGUAUGAUCAGAAUUAACAAAUUCCAAACGGAUGGAUCUCAAACUCUAGGCAAACCUAUUUUAUUUGAAGUUCUUCUCGACGAAGCUGGAACUGACUCGUGCUUUUUUGUUAACAUUAGCGGCUACAAACUCAUGAACUUCAAAAACUCCAAAUCGUGUCCUUCAGCUUGUGGCGGAGCAAGUUCAGAGGUCAAAGUCUUGAGUAAUAAUCCUACACAAUUCUCCUGGACGCACCAGUGCUCUAAGGUUGGACCAUUCAACGUGACUGUCACUGCGUGCAAUCUGGUUAACACCAUUGUCAAAAGAGGUGAAGGGGUGUGUACACAAAAGAAAUGCAACUUCCCCAAUGUGACCAUGAAAUCUAAUUUGGUCGGACUUAGCCCUGAAAACGCGGUAGGGUACCUUAAAAAGAAGGGGUUCAAGAUCAGCAACGUCAUAGCUCUAGACUGCGAAGCAACUGACAAGACUGAGUUUCAAUGGCAAGUUAAUAAAAUGGAAACUGUCUCCAAGGAGAGGAGUGUUACUCUAGCAACGUCUAUCUCAUUGACUGCUCCAAGCCUGGAUGUUCCCGCCAGAGGGAUUUCAGAGUACGGGAUAUUCCGUCUUAUUUUUAGCGUGGCUAUGGUCAACGUAACAGGAGUCGUCAGCUAUUCCUAUGGUUACAUCAAAAUGGAAGCAUCUGACAUAGAAGCAGUAAUAGAUCAGGGGACAUCCAGAGCAGUGGGGCAGGGAAAAGAUACAACAGUCAGUAGCCUCGAAAGCACUGAUCCAGACGAAGUUAAUAGCAAUCCAAGUGACUUUCAAUUCUGUUGGUUCUGCGCUAAGAAGGGAAGCUACAACCCUGACCUGUUGGAAAACUGCACCCAGCUCGACGCCUACCCCAUAAUACCAAUUCCAAUAACGAAUUCGGGUAAUGACACCAAUAGCACCUCCACCGAGCUUGAUGCGGACGGCUGCUUUGGGUAUCCUCUUGGAAGACUAAAUACAUCCGAGCCAAAGAUCACAUUUAACACGCUCAGGAUGACAGCCCUCUCAGAUUAUGACGUGUGUGUUCAGGUCAGCAAGGAUACGCGGAAAAGUACUGCUUGCAUUACUUUGCAAAUAACAGCUGGAGACCCUCCUGAAGUGGCGAUUACGUAAGUGAAUCACAAACAAACGUUUUGGAUCAGUGUCAGUAUCCCUUAACCCAACAACAGUCAACUGAUAACAAGUUAGGGACAAUGUUGGGUUAGGGGAGGGGUUGAUCAGAAAUGUCUUAAUUUCUAUUCAAUAAUGUCUUGUUGUAUGUAAUCUGCUGAAUUCGCAAACGCCUUACAGAUUGUUUUGUCUAAUCUUUUUUAGCUGUUCCAAUCUAGCUCCAAACUGUGGAAGGAAGGUAAACCCCUCGGUAAACCUGAAUUUGAUUGGAAACGCUGUUUGUGAUUUAUGCGGUGAUCCGAAUGCUGUCGCAUACCUGUGGAUAAUAUCUGUAAAAAAUGGUGAUAAGUAUGAUGAUGUUUCAAAUCCAGCCGACAUGGUGGCCACUCCUCUCGACGGAAAAACACUUGCCGUGAAACCUGAGACGCUUACAGGGGGGAAAACUUACAAAUUCCGCUUGGAAAGCUGGGUUAAAUCAACUAAAAAACAAGUGUUUGGAUUUGCAGAAUAUGAAAAGGAGGUGAACAAGCCGCCCGAGGGAGGAUCUUGUGAUGUCAGUCCAAAGCAGGGUUUCGCCCUGCAGCCUGACUUCAAAAUCACUUGUUCCGGAUGGGUUGACGAUACUAAACUGAUCUACAGUGUAACAGCCAGUGUCGAGACUGGUCAAGCAGAACUUCCCAUUUCGCCCGCCGAGCCACUUUCUCUCGAUCAGUCUUAUUCUCUGUCAUCUAAAACUUUACCAGUUGGCUUAGCUCAGAAUGAAAACUGGAUUAACGUCUUUAUUACAAUCAAAGAUGAAGACGAUGCUGACACAAAAUUCCCCGUAGAAGUGCAGGUAAGACCCCCCCCUCCCUUCCCCUCCCCUCCACUCCUGGGCUAUUCCAGGUUGUGGGUUUUGUCUUCUUAUGAAGGAAUCCUCCGCUUGACGAGAGGAUUCCAGGGGGUAGCCACUAUUUUUCAAAAGGGGGGAGGGCACACUGGAGCAAACCUUAGAUGCUGAUCGUCGGAGAAGAAAGACUUCAACCUAAAUCUGAUAAAGAAUAUUCCUUACCUCUCAUUUCUGAGCUGAAAACUUUCGUUUGUUUCGAUAUUUUCAAGCUUAAAUGGCCAACUAUAUUUAUAACAUAGCGCGUAAAUUUGUCUAAUCAAAUUCAAUUGCGUGAGCGUGCUUCAUAUUCCUAUUGUGCACGCUCAUGACGCCAGCAAACAAAUCUAGCACUCAAGAAGCUAGAGUUGCUCUCGGCUACGUCUAGAGCAACUCUUACGCAUCUUUUAUGCUCUCCAAACUUCCCGCUUCUCGAUGAACGCACGCUGACGUAUGAACCAAUUGUUAAAUGGCUUAUACAGCUGCCCCCCUUGUUUAUCAGAGGGCUCGUAGUAACGCGGCAUGGAGGCCCAUAUUGACUAAAUAUAAGAGCCACUGGCAAAAUUAGUAUGAUAAAAAAUAUAUUUUAAAAAAGGGGGCUUUCCAAAAAUGACCUUUGCGGCCAAGAUAUCGUCAUGGAUUUUUCGCCACCUGAGUAGUAAAGGUUGUUUGUUUAAAAAAGGCUUACAAAAGGCGAGUCACGGGCGCCCCUAGACCCCCUCCCCCUUAGCUACGCUCUUGUGCCACUUAAAAUGAGCCCACCCCUCAGUGAUUUGUUGCGCCGAACCAGUUAAGUGCAUACUAAGGGUGAUUAGAAUCCUUUCAUGAGGUUUUAGACUCGUUCGGAUCUCAAAGAACCUUCUAUGCCGCAAUGAAAACUUUAGAAACUGUUUAGUAUGAGUAUUACAUGUCAAGACACAGUUUGUGUUAUUUUUUAAGCUCGGAAUUUCUAUCACCAACAAAAGAAAAAACAGAAAGCGAGCAUAUCUGACCACGAUUUGGAAAUAAAUUAAGUGAGCGCCCCACUUAUUCAGUGCUUCAUCCUUCAAGAUAGGUCCCUCACCCCGCCCUCCCUCCCCCCUCAUUCCAGGAGCCUAGAUAAGAAAGGGAUGCCAAUAGCUGUAGAAAUUGUUUGUAGGUAGUUCAUUGUUAAACAAUUAAUUUUUUUAAAGGGUAGGGUUUUCUGUGAAAGUCGGUACCUCAGCUGUAGCUUGAUGCACAGCUGUAAUUGGUAGAAAGCCCUGAUCGCAAAGGAAAGAAUUAUUUUUUACUGGCAAACAAGUCCAUCCUUAUUGCUGCGACUAAACAAAUAUCAUCAUAGCAACGGUAUAAUCUGUAUUCAUUUAGAGUUAGACACUAGUUUUAAAAUCAUAAAUGAGCUUGGUAAGCCGUAAUUCUGUUAAAAGUAGCAAAGUUUACCUAACGGCUGUGUUUUGGUUUCCUUUCAAGGUCAAAAUGCCCGCAGGAAACGCCGAAGAAAUUUCUGCCAAGUUGGAUGAAGCAACAGCUAAUAUCGAUGUACUUAUAAGCUCUGGUGAUCCCGAUGCGGCGUUGAAUGCGAUCGGUGGAGUUGCUUCUGCUAUGUCCGCCCAAUCAGCCCAACAAGAUUCUGAGCAGAAUGAAGAGACAACUAGUGAGGAAGAGCAGAAGAAACAGAAGGAGGUAAGGUUUGCUUUGUGUGAUACAGAUGUAUCCCGUGUCUUUACCAAACCAAUUUAAUUUGCCUUCACAUCCUGCAAUGUCUCAUAAGCAGUCUUACGGACAAGACAAAACAUAGCAUCAGUGCAGUUACGAGCUAUUUUUCCCAAAAAUCCUUUUGGCGAUAGUGUUUAAGUAUAGAAUACUAAGUUUACGAGAUACGGUAGCUGAAUGCGCCGCACUUUGGGAAAGAGUACAGCACAUGCAGCCGUGAUUGGCUCAUUGAGUUGUUAGCUUGGCCAGACACCCCACUCUCGCUGUGUCUUUCUCCAAUCAGCAAUAUAAAUGAGCUAAAGUAAAUUUCCGCGGGAAUCAAAAGACCAACAGACCAACAUACCCCGCCCGCUAAAGGGAUAGGCGUCGCGUCGUGAAAUAGAAGCCGAGUUGUGAUGUGGAUGAAGAAUUACCAGGUUCAAGUUCAGAUUUUCACAAUGGUACUCUCUUGCAAUUAAUAAUUGAUAACUGCUCGGCUUCUUGUAAAUUCUUGGAUUAAUAUUAAAUCGUAAUAAGACGCUUCAUAUUCCCAUUGUGCAGGCUGAAUGACGGGGUGUUUGCAAUGAACCAGAAGAGAGAAAAAUUCUUUUUAUACAACGAUUAAAAUACAACAUUGACUGAAAUGUUAGAAAACAGAUGCUUUAUGUGAUGGUUUCGCGUUCAUUGAGAUAUGAAGCUCUUUUAUCGAAAGUUAAGAGGAAACUAUUGCGCAUCUCUUGCCAAACUCUCUGCGGACUCUAUAUCUCAAUUAACGAAUGCCGACGCGUGGAUUAAAUAUUUUUAAAACAUUUCCUGUAUUUUAAUGUUUUGCUUUCAGCGAAACGUGACACCCUUCCAAACUUUGUCUUUCUUUACUAUUUAUUGUCUUAUGCAGAGGAAAGAAAUGCUCGUUGGAAUACUUACAAAGAUACCUCCUCCCUCAAACCCUGAAGAUGCCUUAAAGAUAACAGGAGCUUUGGAAGCUAUCAACACUGGACCUAAGACGACACUCUCAUCUGAUGCGAAGGUAGUGAGGAAUGGCAACAAAAAACUUUCACACAUAAAAAAAACCAGUGCGAAGUCUCAGUGUAACGGCUGAUAGCACGCGUUUACAUACAAUCUUACAACCCCGGGAUUCCUUAGUUAAGUUCCUAGAGGUUGUUGGCGCGCUUGCAAAUGUAACAUGAAUGCGACCCCGGCUAAUCGGGCCACCCCACCUGGAGACAUUUACGUUUGGCAAAUUGUGAGCCCGACUGACAGGGUAACCCAACCCCGCUGACCGGGAUACCCGCCUAGGUGGGUUAUUCCACCUAUCAUGUAAACGUGAUCAAGCUAAAAUAAGAGAUACUAAGUACAGUCGGGCUACCCCACCUAAGCGGGUUGCCUCGCCUACCCGGGGUUCCUUACCUCCAUGUAAACAGGCUUUUACUUCUACGUGAGACGAGAGACGCGAUAAUUUGAUCGUAAGCUUACUGGUUCAGGAUGAGCGUCAGGGUUGAUAUCUCUUUCGACACAUUGUGGUACAUCUGACUCUCACAGUUCCUUUUUCCAGCCAAGAGCAUAAAAGGGUACACAGCAGUCAAACAAUUGCGCAUGUUCGACGUUGUAGUGGCUAAGACACUUUUUUGCAGACAGUCCUAUAAUGACUUUGUUUGACAGGAGUUACAAACAACCACAUAGGUCAGUUAGUCACAGUCCUCUAAAAUCGUAUUACGUCUUCGUGAAAGCUCAAAACAAACUAUUAAAUCAACAGGAUAUCAGUGAUUUGAUAAGCUUUGUAUUCGAAAAAAUCUUGAGUUUUCCUUUUCCUUUCUUUCGCUUCCUUUCGCAAAUUUCUAUGAACGUUUUGAUUUUUUUUGCGCCUAGUUUGCGUGACAGCGGUCUCUUCCUUUUCUCGUCUUUGGGCGGAAAAAUUGACGCGCGGCUGUCCACUGUCCGAAAUAUGAACCGAGUUGUUUGAGAUUGAAAGCUUCCAGGGUAAAUGUUUCACUUUUCUAUCAGAAAUCAAUCAUUUUGUCAUAGGUAUUGUAAAUACUUACAGCAAUUUGAUGUUGACUUGCAGGGUAAAAUGGCUGAAACCAUGUCAAAAUGUGCCGGUGUCCUCCACUCUCCAAUGAGUUCCAAGAAACGGGAAAACUUAGCGAAGUCUCUUGUGACCAGCAUCAGUGCUGUAUUAAUUCCCGGUGGUGAUGAGGGACAAAAAUCUUCCGAGGACUCUACCGAAGAUAAGGUAAAUGCUGUUUCUAAAGACACACACUGCUCAUUCCAUAAUUACCCUACCAACUUUAAAGGUGAAGAAAGAAAUUAAAUAGACGUUAUCUACGCUAGGUUUCUCACUAAUCAGAAUGCGCAGAGCAUCCUGUUGAUUUUUAUCCGACUUUAUAAUAUGAGGUAGAUCCAAGCGUUCAAAUUAGUUCUUACUUGGUCAGGAUUUUGCCAAACGGACCGUUUCCACGGAUACAGUCAUUAGCCGCGUAUUUUUGUUUGAGUAAGCCUGCAAAUUCAAGAAAAGACGUUUGGUACAAGUGCGAUAUAAUAAUUUUACCCUACUAUGGUAUACUGGCUCGUCCGCACUAUCACGACCUCGGGCCAAUAUUCCCCAGUGUAGCCCUUACACUCGGCUAAUAAGACGUUAGUAUGUGUGUGGUCUAUUUUUAGGUGUGUAAAACUGCGAAUGCUUUGUAGAGGGAUUGUAGUUUGCUCAUGGCUUUGCUUUCAACUCCUGCCAUGUUCGUAGUCCGUUUUUUUAUACAAUAAAAUUGAAAACGAGGCUGAUUGAUCCUCUUUAGUUAGUUGUUAGUCGUAAAAGGUAGACACGUAGUCGUAAACAAUAGAGAAAGAUGUUCUUCGUCUUGCCAAGAGCGUGGGACGAAGAAAAACUUCUCGGUCCCCUCGAGAAAUCGAACCUCAGACCUUCGGAUUCCAAUGAGCCACAGAGACUCUACGUUGAGCAAGGACAUUACGAAGUUCAUAUAUGACACGCGUCCUGAAUACUGCAAGCAUCAGCAGUGUCAGUAGCGUCAUGAUUGUAAAGAAGAAUAACAAAGAAGUUACCACGCUCGUGGCAAGACAUCUUUCUCUAUGUCUUCACCGAGCUUUAAAUUUACCAUCUUUCUUAUUCGGUCGUAAACAAGUUUGCAAAGAUGCUGUUUCGAGCAUUAGCCCUUGGUCGACGACAAGUUGCUAGGUUAUCAAAUUUUAUCAGUCUUGAGACUGUUAAAAUUGAUCGAGAACGCCUCUUGAAUUUGUUUUGUUUACUAUAUCAAAGAGAACCAAGGAUGUUGCUCAAAAUUUAUCCAAAUUAGCUCGAAAAGGGUCUGAAAGGACGAUAUUUGGUAACGAAGGGUACACAUUUCGAGGAAGAUUUGUUUAUGAUUUGUAGCAGCUGUGUAACCAUUAUAGAACAAGGCUGCGGACGAUAACCAGAGUUAUCAAGACCAGGUUUCAAACACACACUCUACUUGCUUUGAAAAUAUUGUCUGUAAAUCCCUCCCACAUAAAUCAAAACUAUCGUCCAUAGGUAUAAUAUAAGGACAGUGAGACAUGGCUUCGUACUUUUAACCAAUCAAAAUUGAGAUGGUGACAUGGAUGUAACAUAAUUAUAAUAAUUGCUGGAAAAUAUGCAAGCUAAAUAUCAUUGACAAUAACGACACAAUGAUAGAGUGCUGACUCUUAAAACGGGCGCACAUGAAGCAUUCUAAAAAUGGAUUUCUUUACCACAGGGUGAUGACGAGGACGAGAAGGCCAAGCAAAAGACACUUGAAGUUACUAACGUGAUUUUAUCUACUGCUGGUAACUCUUUGAUUACUGGCGAAGAGUUCAAAGUGGAGAGUGCAGAUCUCAGUCUUAAGGCAAAGAAAGAGAGCAUGAGCAACGUGAAGGGGGUUGAAGCUGGCGGAAGUAAAAUCAAGAAUCUCGGCGCGGCUGUCGAUAAGAACUCGUCUGAACCAGUUCAGAUGCAAGUAUGUGCUAAAGUUGUAUUCAAAAGAUUUUGAGGAUGAUAGUAGAUGACACCAACCUCAAAACUGAAUAAUACAGGGAAAGAGGGACUCAUCCCAGGAAACCGUUCCAUUUUCAUUUUUUAGAGACAAAUUGUGCAUGAAAGGUUUACUAAUUAUGACGAUUCUUGAUUUUAAGUAACCAAACUUUUCAAAAAUUUGCUUAAAAUGCGUUAAAAACUUUGCUAUGGUAUCUGCCAUUUUGGAAAAUCUUAGUAGCCAUGCCGCACGCAACCAAAUCGCGGAAAUCACAAUCCGCAGUUCGCAAAAAGCUCUUGGUCUCAAUGUUUUUCGACUCUACAACGCAACGACAUCAGCUAAGAUAUUUGCAAUGAAGAUUUCGUACGAGAAUGAUAAUGAUUAUCAAAAUUUUCUCGAUCUUUUACAGAUGUCCUCUUUCAGUGGCAGUCCCUAUGGUAAAUCCGCUGGAAAGGUUGACAGCGGGGUCACUCAAUUAGAACUCAAAGAUGAAAGUGGAAAUCCUAAGAACAUCUCUAACCUCACCUUAUACAUGGAUAUUUUUGUUCCGGCGAAAAAUGGCUUGGCAAAGCCUGAAACAUACACCAUCAAAAUGAGUGAUAUGCUUAUGAUGGAGUUAAACGUGACGAACAAUAAAAGUGCAAUAUACGUGUGGGCUGUCCCAGAGCAUAAUGGCACACAAACUGUGAUAUUCUGCAAGAGAGGAUCCAAACCAUCAACAACUGACUACGACUUUCGUCAAACUAUACCGAACAAUCUGUUUAGGAACGAGUCUGAGGAGACUGCGUCGAGCGAAAAUUCAACUGAUGCGCAGUCUGAUCCGCAACUUCAUCAAAUGUUCUUGGACAACGAUGCUUUGAACCAAACGGCUAGCGGUAUCUGGUUCUUCGGCUUUUACUACAAUGGAUCUGUUCAACAAAAUGGCGAUGAAAAGCCCCCCGCGGAAAACAAGCUGAACAUCACAAUAUUUGAAAGUACUUGCAAAUACUACAACACUAUCAAUAAGACAUGGGAUUACGAUGGUUGCAAGGUAAUGAUUAUUAUGUUUCCGUUUAAAAAAUUAGUGAAGACAUGCUCUUGUCUCAAAGAAGCUCCCCACUCUGAUAUGCCAUUCCCCCCACCCCCUCCCCCGUCUGGGAGUUGACGAAGUAUGCGAAAUAUGUGAAAUCGUAUGCGGCAUGUAGAUUAUACGUGAGGAAUAGAUUCUCAAAUGUUAACCUCAAUUAAAGAAAUUGCAGACAAUAGAGUUUAUCGACCCCACACUGUAGCUUGAAAUUCGACUUGAAUAAAAAUUGGUUUGAUUUGUUGUAAUGCGAUUUCUUCCACGUCAAGGCUGGUCCGCUAACGACUCCAACGGAACGACACUGUCGGUGCAACCAUCUGACAUCUUUCGCAAGUGACUUUUUCGUGCCACCCAACAAAAUCGACUGGGAUAAAGUCUCUUUGGCAGAGCUGCUCAAUAACCCUUUGGUAUUCUCAGUGGUGUGUGGUAUAUUCGGUCUGUAUUUCCUUCUAGUUUUAUGGGCGAGACGAGCGGACAGAAAAGACUUGGAAAAGGUACCUCGCUGUUUAUUAACUCUUGAUGAUGUAACUAAUAAUCACUUUGCGCUUUUUUAACGUUUUAUUGGUUCAUUCUACUAAAUGUUGUUCAAUUUUAAAAAGAAAUUUAGAACGUAGAGCGCUGUACUGUAUUGUGAGGUUAUUCUGAUCUUUACCCUUUAAACCCCAACAUCAGUAUGCAUAUUCUCCAUACUGUUCGCCGUACAUUUCCUGAGGUGCUGGUAAGGAGAAUUUGUUUAAGAAUCAAGAGUUUCUUUAGUUGGUGAUUAUUUCCUUUAUUCUCGUGAUCUUAACGAGUGAUUCAGUGGUGAUAUUGUAAGGAGAAAUUAGAUGCUUGUUUACUCUUAGGGUUCGAAUGGUUUUUUUUUUUGUUUUUUUUUUUGUAUUUUAUUAAUUUUUAUUAAUUCAAAGUUACAUACAUUUUUCAUAAACAAACAUAAUUCACAUAAACAGACAGACACGGUACAUCAUAUAUCUACAUACACAACCCACAGUUCCUCUUAGCUCUCCUCGGCUUCUAAAUAUCAUACUAGUACAGCGCAGCAACAAACAUGAGAUUCUAUAUCAUCUAAUAAUUUUUUUGUACUUGUCCCAUUUCAUAUUAUGAGCUUUUAGCUUAUUAUUUGAUUUUGCGAUCAUAGGGUUCGAAUGGUGAAAAUGCAUAUAUUGCCGCAAUUGAGAAGGCAGAGACCGCUUUUUUUCUCAUUUUACCACAAACACAUUCGUUUCCGGAUCCUCACAGAUUUCUUUCGUUUCAUCUUUCGCCAUACAUAAUAACUUCUUACUAACCAAGCUCGGGGGCCGUACUGAGGAAUAUUGGCCCGAGGUCGUUGCAGCACGGACCGAGCUCAGCGAGGUCCCCACAAGAAUGACCGAGGGCCAAUAUUCCCCAGCAUGGCUCGAGCAAGCAAGUUAAGUAAGUAAUUUAUCAUAUGGCACUUCGACCAAUCAGUUUAAGAACCAAUCAGAAAGCUCGGAUUCACCUCAGGACUACCUUGCCAAUCAUAUGAUAAGUGUAUUUUUUACAAUUACCGUCUUUAAUCUUUUUGUAGAGGAAAUAAGUAAAUCCGUAGAUUUAUGAAAAAAGUAAGAAAGUUCAGCUCACUGAGUAUAUAAUGAUAACUGUACACCAGCACAAAGUAGGGUAUUCUUAACUCGUUUAUGCUCCCUUAUUAAACAUGGUCAAUGACGAAUAGAAGCCAGGCGGCGAAAGGAAGAGAAAAACGAUUUUUUCGUGGGCUUCUUAGCCAUUUUCCUUACUUCACUGCUAAUGAUUGUCUUGUUUUGUUUUCGUUAAUUUUCGCAGGUUGGAGUCGCUCCUCUACCAGACAACGACCCGCGUGACACGUACAUGUACGAGGUGGUAGUUUACACGGGAUACUCGAGUCAUGCAGGAACAUCAUCCGAGGUUCGUAUGGUGCUAACUGGUGGUCUAGACGAAACCUCUCCUCGUCGCUUAAAAGACACGGAACCCGGCCGGAGAAAGUUUUGUCGCGGAAAUGUGGAUUACUUUUUAUUGAGCGUGCCUCGGUGCUUAGGAAAGCUGAAGACUUUGAGAAUUUGGCACGACAACACUGGCGAUGAUCCGUCUUGGUACCUUCUUAGGGUCAUGGUACAUGAUGUACAAAGUGAUAUCAAGACCUGGUUUAUUUGCGAUCGCUGGCUAGCCGUGGAGGAAGAUGAUGGAUGCGUUGAGCGCGUACUGACCCCAGCCAGUAAAGAGGAGCUCACCAGCUUCAAUCUGCUAUUCUCUACUGAAGCUCGGAAGAAUUUGACAGACGGGCAUCUGUGGUUCUCCGUCGUCACACGCCCGGCGAAAAGUAAUUUCACACGAGUGCAGCGUCUCUCCUGUUGUUUAUCAAUCUUACUCUGCACGAUGCUUGCUAACGCGAUGUUUUAUCAAGUGGGAACCGAGUCUUCAAGUGGGACGUCUGUUCACAUCGGGCCUUUCAGUUUUUCUAUAAAACAACUUUCCAUCGGUAUUACCAGCAGCUUAGUCGUACUUCCAGUCAACGUGUUGAUUGUGACAUUUUUCCGCAAGGCGCGGCCAGCAGAAGCCAAGAAAGGCCUUGACAAAGACCAGGAUCCUCACGGACAAAGCCCAAAAUAUGAACUAUCCGGCGAGAAAGCAAACCAAACCAGCAAAGAGGCGGAAGCCGCUGAAAAAGAGGACGACGAGAAGAAAAAGGAAAACAAAAAGAAGAAGAAAAAGACUCUUCCACAUUUUUUUAUCUAUAUCUCCUACGUCUUGGUUUUUGUCUCCUGUACAGUUUCAGCAACUUUUACUGUGUUUUACGGGCUGACGUUCGGAAAAGAAAAAUCUGCAGGCUGGUUGUCGUCGAUGAUGAUUUCGUUUUGGCAAGACGUACUCAUUUCACAGCCUCUUAAGGUGAGCUUCUAUUCCUUCAGGACCUUCCGUUAUUAGUUAGUUCUCAACGUCAGGUCUGGACUGUGACUUUAGCUAGUUGUUUUGGUCGAUAUUUCCUUCAAAAAUGUGGUGAAAGGCAUAUGCAUUCAAAGUUUUUGCUAUGCAUUGCUAAGUGCAAUCGGAUUGAAACAGCAUUUAUCUACCUUCUAUAGCGCAGCCAGGACUGAAGUAACACUGAAAAGAAAAAUUGAAGUUAAAGUACAUGAACUAUGAGCUAGUAGAAAAUGGUGACACAUAGAGCGCUUUUCGAUUGAGCGUCGUAAACCCAAAACCAAAUUAAUCAAAACAGCCAAUCAAAAGAGAGGAAAAUACCUUUAAGAGCCAAUGAGGACUCAAAGUAAAAACAUCAAAACUUCUUAAAGCACGGGAAAAUGCACGCCACCAAGUCGUAAUUGGCUCAAGUUUGUAUCUGAUUGGUUGAGAAGAACUUAUACAAAGUAUUGAACGUGUGAAGCAACGGCAGAAAGAAAGCAAUCGAUUCAAAUUAAAGGGAAAUUUUUCGGCAAUAAAGUGAAAAUCGUCCAUCACCUAUUCUGUUUUGUUCGUUUGCUUUUAGGUUUUCGCAGCUGCCAUGUUCUUUGCAGUGGUGAUCAAAGAUCCCAACAAGGCAGAAGAAGAAAAUGAACAGGAAGCCAACGAAUUAAACCCCGACGAGGAAACAAUUCAUAACAAAACACAAAACAGCGAAGAGGAGAAAACUCUGAGAAAAAUUGGCUUUGUUGAUAAACCACCUAACGAAGAAAAGCUUGAAUAUGCCCGUCGACUCAAGGUUAAGCAAAAAGCCAUGAAGGUGAUCAUACGUGAAAUUGUUCAAUACUUCGUUUUCCUUAGCGUGUUACUGGUUGUGGCUUAUGGCAGCCGGGACCCGAUGGGCUUCCAAGUGACAAGUGCUAUGAGAAACAUAUUUGAGGAUGGGAAAUACACAGGGCUUGGUGCAUUUGACGAGGUAAAAAUAAUUAGCCUUUUUUUUUUACUUACUUUUAGUGUCUUUAAGUUGCUGUACGUUAACAGCUUGAUGGUCUGGUGUCAUUGUUGUUUUGUUGCCUCAUGCAAUUUUUACAAUUAUUUUUUUUAUAGCGCUUUUCGAUCAAGUGUCAUAAAACCAUAGCCAAAGUUAUCGCAACAGCCAAUCAGACGAAAGGAAAGUUUCAAGAGCAGUCAAUUAGAAUUCAAAGUAAAAACAGGCGAACUGCCUAAAGCGCGGGAAAACGCGGGUAACCAAGUUGUGUUUGGUUUCUGAAUCGUAUUGGUUGAGAAAAUAGCGCGAGCUUUCUGGACCAAUCUAGUGUCCAUAAUCCAAAGUACCAAUUUGGGGAAAUGCCAGGCUGUUUUAUUGUUAAUAUUAUACAUGGAAAAAUUACUCAGUUCUGAUUGGUUAAGAUAAAUGCAGUUUUCAGGUAAUUCAGUGCAGAAGAGGGUUAAUUCAGUGCAAAGAAAGAAACAAAUCAGACAUUCUGAUUGGUCAAUAAUCAUAGAAACUCACAGAUAGCCAAUCAAAUGCGAGCCUUGGAUGUAGCAACAAAAUUUGAAAAUUUGCAAACGAAACAAUGGCCGGCGUUUUAAGUGGGUUUUUUUUUCGCCGCCGUAGCUGAAAAACAGCUUAAACAACGAAAACACUAUAAAAAGCUCUGCUUUGUGGUUGUCAGUUUGGAAAAAGUGGUGUGUAGAGAAGGGAAUUGCCAAGGAAAUCGAAAAUUACGAGCCGACCCAGCUUAACACUUUGCUCGAGCGAUCCAACGCCGAAAUUAAAAACGGUCAUAGUUAAACCUCGGAAACAACAAUUCCAUUUCAUCGAAAGUGCUUCGGACACAGACUGAACUAUUCCUUGAACUGUUUAGCCGGACUUUGAACUUUCUUGCACCUUAAAGAUGUGAAGAUAUCAUUGCCUAUUAUUGUUUUGAUCCUACGCGGUUGUUUUGACCGAACGCACGGUUUGAAUAAAUUAUUUUUUGCACUUGAUGCGCGCGCUUUGCUUAUGUUUAAUUAUGAUAAGCCAUCUCGUAUUUUUCCAUGUAUAUUAUUAACACAUAAUCACAUGAUUUUUCUCGUGCAAUUUGGAAUAAACAAGCACUUGUUAAUUUUUUCAAAGACCACAAAUUGCACUCGCCCUACGGGCUCGUGCAAUUUUGUUAGUCUUUAAAAAAAUUUACUUGUGCUUAUUUAUUCCAAAUUGCACUCGAAAUCAUGUGAUUACCUAUACAAAUUGUCCAAUUUCCUGUCAAAGAGGGGGUCAUGCUCAUCAGCCCUUCGUCCUCUGAUAGUGUCUAGCAUGUAACCUCUCCUCACAAUAUCACCCCUGAAUCACACAUGUAGGUCACGUGAAUAAAGGAAACGAUCAACAGAUAAAAAAGUUCUUGAUUGUUACAGAAAAUUCUCCCUGUCAGAACCUUAACAAAUUUAUAGAAAACAGUAUAGAGAAUGUGCACACUGAUGUAAGGGUGUAAAAGGUUAAAUCAAUCUUACGAGAUCAACCUAAGAAGUAAGGAACCGGUCAUUAAUUAAAUAGUUGUGUCUCGAUAAUAUCUACUUGAUCCUCCCCUAAGGCUCUUUAAUGUUCUUAUGAUCCGCCCCGCCCCGCCCCCCCCCCUUCCUUCUCAUUGGCGGUUAAUUAGCAGUCAAUUUUCUAUAUUCCCCCUUUUAUACUAUGUUGGCGGCGACCGAUCCCCCAAAAUCCUCCCCCCCCCCUCCACGGGCAAUAAGAAGUGACUGGUGCCAAACAUCCUCUCAUUCCACAUCAGGUAUCAGAUUAUCGAUCUUACUGGGAGUGGGCUCAGCAAACGUUCAUCCCUACUCUGAUGCCACGGUACUGGUAUGGCCCCGUUGCAAUUGAUAACAAAGACAUUGUGAAUGAAGAAGCUACCAACAGUGAUACAAAAAGAACGAAACAUAAAAAGGUUGUGAGCACGAAAACAACUGGCAGCAAAUAUAAUGAUGGUUCGUCCUUGGUGUUGUUUAGCUACGAAGGCAAGUUUGUCGCUGAUCAUAGCACGGCGUAUCUUAUAGGAACGCCAAGACUUCGCCAACUCAGGAUACAGAAAAGUAAGUCAGUUUCAGUUCUCAGAGGUUAAAGAUUGUAUAACCGACUGACCGACUGACUGACUGACAGACUGACCGAUGUAAUGACUGACUGACUGACUUAUUGACUGACAUAAUGGCUUACCGACUGACCGACUGACCGACCGACCGAUUGACAGACUGACCGAUGUAAUGACCGACUUACUAAUUGACUAACCUAAUGGCUUACCGACUGACCGAUUGACCGACAGACUGACCGAUAUAAUGCCUGAAUGACUAAUUAACGGACAUAAUGGCUUCCCGACUGACCGAUCAACCGACCGAUUGACCAGCUGAACGACACAAUGACUGACUGAAUGACGUACGGAGAGAUAGGCGAAUAGAUUGAUGGACUUACGUAUUAUACUAACGGCCGACUCAUUAAGUGUUCGACUCUGACCAGCCGACGAGAGAUUAAGUCACGGACUUCCUGGAUGGCAGGACUGGUUGAUUGAUGAACUGUUGACAAGCGGACGGACGGACUUUCUUACCGAUUCACAGACUGAACAAACUAACUGAAUGACUACUACCUGAUUGUGCGGCUGAUUAAAUGGCUUACCAAGUAAAUGGUUGACAGACAGAUGAGCUGGCGAAAUGAGUGACUCGCCGACUGACUGACUGACUGACUGACUGAUUGACUGACUGAUGGACGGAAGGACAGUUUUUAUCAUUUCUCUUCCAUUUUCUUAUCGAGUUCACAUGUUUCAGACAAAUGCAGCUUGCUUCCGACAUUCCGUGCUCUGUUCGACCAAUGCAACUUAGCCUAUGAUUGGGACUAUGAAGAUAAAGAAUAUUACGAGGAAGGCUGGGUGCCAGUGCCAUCCAAUACAAGCACUGAGGAAAUGAAGGAGACCCCAUGGACCUAUCAGACGCAAUGGAAACUAAAGGGAACUCCUUACUGGGGAAAAUUUGCUACUUACCUGGGAGGAGGUGAGUCAAUUAUUGUCGAUAUGGUAAAACUGAAACGCAUACACACCUAAUUGGACUACUGUUCCCCUUAGACGCCAAGGACAUUGCAGUUAAAGAUAGAACAAGAAGCCAGAAAGACGCAAUAGUCUUCAUCUAUAAAACGUUUUUGUUUACUGCCUUUUUCUAUCGAAAUGUGCAAAAUUGUUAUUAUAGUAAGUCUACAGACUCUCAACUACCAAACGUUAUCGAAUGAGAAAUGGCCGUCACUGUUUUAUAGUAGUAGGUGAGAAAAAGAGUUUUUAGACCAGUACUGUGGCAACAGGCGAAUGACUUCUGAUCUAACAGCGAGCAAUUGUUAAGACUAGACUGUAAAAAAGGACCCCUUCCACACAACGUGCAUACUACCUUAGGGACACGAUAUCAUGUCAUCUUUUGAAGAGUUAAGCAAACAAUACUGAACUUUUCUCACAUUUGAGUACGAAAAAGACACCACAUAUCAGUAAUUUUUAAAGCGCAGAUGCAAGAGGAACAGAGUGAGGGAUAGUGCUUUGUGAAAAGAUACAAUAAAUGUCAGAGUUAUAUUAAGUAAAGUUAUUAUUGGAACUUCCUUUCAGGUUACGUGGCAGACUUUGGAGCCAAACGAGAUGAAGCCGAAGAGAUAGCCAAAGAACUCUCUUCCUUAGGCUGGAUAGACCGGUAUACCAGAGCAAUCUUUGCAGAAUUCGCGAUUUACAAUGCUGAGACGAACUUCUUCUGUGUCGUUACUCUGCUAACCGAGAUUCUUCCAUCAGGAGGGUACCAUUUGAGCCCUAGAAUUCAAACAAUCCGACUCUACCGCUAUGUAGGGCCAGAAAUGGUGUUUGUAAUGGCCUGCGAAUUAGGCUACAUGGCGUUUCUGCUUUACUUUCUCUAUAGGCAGGUCAAGAAAUACAGGGCUGAGCGACGAGAGUAUUUCAAAGACCCGUGGAACUAUCCAGAGCUGUUAGUUCUUGGAUUUUCGUUGUCAGCAGUGGGGCUUUAUUUCGCGCGUCUGGCCCUCACCAAAUACAGUCUUCGCAGCAUGCAAGAUACACCAGACAAGUUUGUAAGCUUUCAGUACGUGGCAUUCUUGGAUGAAUGGGUGUCCGCCACAACAGCCAUGGCAGUGUUCUUCUCAGUAUUAAAAUUCCUCCGUCUGUUGAAAUUCAACCGACGCGUUUCCACCCUGAUGAUAACCAUUAAACUUGCUAGUAAACCUCUGUCGUCGUUCAUGCUGUUGUUCUUCAUACUGUUCUUGGCUUUUUCGCAGUUUGCGUUUGUGGUGUUUGGAAUCGAUAAUGAAGACUAUGCGUCAUUCCCAAAGACUUUGGGAAGCAUGAUGUCCAUGACGUUGGGAAGUUUUGACUUCGGUUCUUUGACAAGUUCGAGCCGAAUUCUUGGUCCCGUGUUCUUCUUCUUGUACGUGGUGACGGUCUUAUUUGUUCUCAUGAACGUUUUCAUCGGCAUCUUAAAUGACGCACUGAGCGAAGUGUCCAAUGAUUCGUCCAUACAGUCCAACGAACAUGAAAUUCUCGACUUCAUGUUACACACCUUCAAGCGUACCGUUGGUAAACAGGUUGGCCCUGCGAUUAAACCCAACUACAAAGAACCAAAGAACCAGUUUGAGCUGAACUUGGACAGCAUCGAGGAAAUCUCAGAAAAUGUUCAGUACGCUUUGAGAAACAUCUGCAUGGAGGACAUAAGGCAAACAAACUGGUUUGAACCGGAAAAUACAAACAAGAAGAAAAAAAUUGUGAUGAUGCUGGUUUUGGAAACAGACGAAGACUUUACGGAAAACGACAUUUGUGAUAGCAUUCCCGUUCUUGAUGAUUUAAUGGCAAAGCACGAUGAAAACGAGCUUUUAAGGAAGCUCAUUUAUUACCGCGAAGAGAAAAGACUGGAAGAGGAAGCCUCCCAGAACGAGGACGACCAAUCAGGUAAAUCUUCGGAUGAUGACGACGACGAUCAGUCGGAGGACGAUCUCGACUCGGAUGACGACAACGCAAGCGUAGCGAGCGGGGACAGUGAAUCGAAACCCCAGAAGCAGAAACUGAGAUUCGUGGAACCUGCCGACACAGGAUCCAUGGACGGAAUGGAUCGAGGCUCCGCCCGGUCAGAGGCAAGGCUCAAUCUACAAGCAAGUGGCACGUCUGAAGUGUGA